GUAUGUUGCAGAGCUAGAUGUCUCGGAAAUAGGAUUUUUGUUUCAUUUUCUUAUUUUUACAUAUUAUUACUAAAAUAGUUGAUAGUGUUUGUUUCUUUAUUACAUUUUUAUUUAGUAUAACUCUACUGAAUUAAAUUGCAUGCUAUUAAGUUAAAAUAUACAAUUCAGAAAAUAUAUUGAAUAUUUAUUUUUUAAGGUGAGCCCUGAAUUGUAUUCCAGAAAAAGUUAUUGGCAUGCCUGUCAAGGGUUGUCCAUUCCUGCUAUAGAAUAAUAAUUUGAAUUUUUAAGCAAGCUAAUCAAUUUAAUAUUAGAAAAAUUAUCAUCAUUAACUUGAAUGAUAUUUUUGUAUUAUAUAUUUUAACAUAUAGUUAUCUAUAUUCAUGGAUACAUCCAUAACUAUGUAUUAUCUUAUAUUUCAGGUAUUUGCUGGUCAAAAAAAAUUUUUUCUUGGAUAUGUCCAAUUUGUAGAUAUGGAAAAAGAAAAUAUCAACAAAUUAUUAUAUAUUCUUAUACCUGUGAUAGUUGUUUUAAUAAUAGUAACAGGUUUAAUAGUUAAACUUAUUCAUAGAAAAUUAUCUCAGAAGGCUCUGCAUUCAGAUUUAAUAGUAUCAUAUACAAGUGAAUCAGAUUCUCGACAAGGUAGUUGCAGAAGACGACAAGAAGCAAAUGAUUAUCUAGAUAUGCGAGGAAGGAAUCAAUCAUCAUCAACUCCUGUCUCUCCAAACUCACCUUUAAGUUAUCAAGUUGAUGAUGAAACUGUACGUUUAUUACAUGCAGAAAACAUAUUUGUCAUAAGGGAUUAUUUGAGUUUGGGAAAUGUUAUUGGACAAGGUAAUCAUACUAAAAAUUAUAUUUUUUAAAUUAAAAUAAUUUAUUUUUAAGAAAUCAAAUUUAUAUUCGAGAAUUAAAUAUGUUUGAAUACAUCCAAUUAUGUUUAAACUCUUAUUGUCUGACUUAAGCAGAAAAUAAAUUUGUCAAUAAUUGUUUUUUUGUCUUUUAAAGCUUUGAAAUACAAAUAAAAAUAUAGUUUUAAAACAGAGAUAACAAUUGUGAUGAAAUGUGCAAAAUGAGUUACAAAGAUACAUUAUGAGAUUAAUAUCUUUAUUUCAUGUACAAUAAAUUGAUUCUUUGGAAUGCCAGCUCCUCUCAGUCCCAAUACACAAAUAUAUAACCUGAGCCAUACAA